GGCGCGGGCCGGUGCGGGCCGGGACGAUGGCGGGGCCCAGCCUGCGGCCGCACGUGCACUGGGCGCAGCGGCACCGCGAGCUCUUCCUGCGCGUGGACCUCAGCGACGUCCGGAACCCGGACAUCACCAUCACCGAUAAUGUCCUGCACUUCAGAGCCCAGGGUCACGGUGCCAAAGGAGACAACAUAUAUGAAUUUGAGAUCGAAUUCCUGGAGCCAGUCGAGCCUAAACCUGUGUGCAGGAUGACCCAAAGGCAGCUGAACAUCACUGUGCAGAAGAAGGAGAGUAACUGGUGGGAGAGGCUGACCAAGCAGGAGAAGCGCCCGCUCUUCCUGGCGCCCGAUUUCGACCGCUGGCUGGAUGAGUCGGAUGCUGAAAUGGAGCUGAAGGAGAAGGAAGAAGAAAAGAUUAACAAAAUGAAAAUAGAAUCCAGAGUCCCAAAAGACCCUUUCAAACACCUGAAGAAGGGCUACCUAAUCAUGUAUAAUCUUGUACAGUUUUUGGGAUUCUCUUGGAUUUUUGUGAACAUGACAGUACGACUGUUCAUCUUAGGAAAAGAUUCCUUCUAUGACACAUUUCACACUAUUUCUGAUAUGAUGUAUUUCUGUCAGACCCUGGCAUUAAUGGAGAUCAUGAAUUCACUAAUAGGACUGGUCAGAUCACCGCUGAUCCCUUCUGUAGUGCAGGUGUUUGGAAGAAACUUUGUUUUGUUUGUUAUCCUUGGAAGCUUGGAGGAAAUGCAGAGCAAACCUGUGGUGUUCUUCAUAUUUUAUUUCUGGAGUAUCACUGAGCUGUUCAGGUAUCCCUAUUACAUGCUUUCCUGCAUUGGAAUUGAAUGGAAACCACUCACCUGGCUCCGUUACACUGUCUGGAUCCCUCUCUACCCCUUAGGGGGCUUGGCAGAAGCUGUCUGUAUUGUUCAAUCCAUUCCAAUCUUCAGUGAAACCGGGAAAUUUAGCCUGGGAUUGCCAAAUCCACUGAAUGUCACAAUCCAGUUUCCAUUUGUGCUUCAAAUAUAUCUUAUAGCCUUGUUUUUAGGGGUAUUUGUAAACUUCCGUCACCUCUACAAGCAAAGGAAACAGCACCUUGGACCAAAGAAGAGAAAGAUGAAGUGAAGCAGGACUGCAAUGCUUUCUUAUCUCACUUGGGGACAAGAUAAGCCUCUAAUUCUUACGGUUUUACCCACUGUAAUGCAAGAAUUUUGUAAAAUGAAAUGACCACGCUAGAUUUCAUGAUUUCAUAGUGAAUUCAGGUAACGUUCCCUUAUACUGGAUUUUGUUCCCUUUCUAUCAUCUAUGCAUGGCAUUUACCAUUGAACAUUUAAACUUGUAUCCUGUCAACCAGCAUAUUAGAAAGAAAUCCUAUUAUCUGCAUAUGAUAUGCUUAUAAUCAGUGGAGCAGCACUAACUAGAAAUAGUGUUUAUCUUUUCAUUGGAGAUUUGCUCUUUCAAUAUUGCAUGCAGAUAGGGCUUCUGAUGUGGGAUAUGCUUUUAGCUGGCCUGUGCUGUUCCUGGGAGGCACCUUGAUGGCAGGAGGAGGCACAGUCUGAGGCCACUGUGCUGUGUUUGGGUGUUUAUCAACAAACUUGCUCAGUAUAUUCCCCCCAUUUUCUUCUGCAGCAUUAUUGAUGGUGCAGAAUGAAAACUGGAAGUAGCUAAUGCUGAUUUAAAUGCUACCAACUUAGUCUCUUUCUAGUUGAGCCUUAACAGAAUAGGAGCUCUGUGUGGACCAUAGCAAUGUGUAUUCCUGUAGCAACACAUCCUGUCCAGUCAUUAGGGAAAGGAAGCUGCCACUGAGAGUAGAAAUGCUUUCCUGGUUGGUAGAGCAAGCACUGAAAUGUAACAAAACAAGGGAACAUAGGUACCAGCUUUCCCUGGCACGUGGACCCCAACAGAACUCCAACCCAUGCAAAGGGAGAAUGUGGAAUUCUCAUGGGAGAUGGGGCCCCUCUGAUCCGUCCUGGCAGGGCUGUGGCUCCUGUAUUUACAGCCUUCAGCAAAGUAGCAAAGUCACUUUUCUACCUGCAUUUAGAGGUGCAGCAGAGAAGUUGGUGUGUAUGGUUUGACUGGCUCCUGGGGGGAUGGAACAGGGGGUCAAAUAAACUGUAUUAUUUAGAUAGCACAUAUCAAAUCUUAGUAAGGGAGGUCUCACACAGGGUUUGAAGGACCCUUUUCUCUUUGCUUGCUUUAACCACCACCACCAAAGUGAAGUUCCCCCCACAUUUCAGGUCAUCUGCUGUCUCACCUGGCAACCUCUGCCUCAGCUGACUUUAUUUCAGCAUGUCCUUCUUCACACCGAGCCUCCCGUAGCUGAUCCCAGAUUCCUCUGGCCUCCUUAACCCAGCUUAGAAAUGUACAGAAAGUUUACUUUAAACUGUACUGUGGUUAUGAACAGGCUGUUUCCCAACUGCCACUGCCCCAAGGCACUGCAGAGCAAUGCCAGCAAUCCAGAACAGACACAAGCUGAGAUUAGCUUAGUGCCAUGUUACCAUUUAUCUUUUUCUAUUGUAAAACAAUAAGAUCCCUCCAAAAAAUUAUUUUAUAUAUAUUAAAAGUAACAAACAGCAGAAGGUUUGUGAUAUGGACCCAGUGCUUGUUACUGUAAAUGAAAUAGUGUUAUAAGGAGACUUAUAACAAAGAAGCAGUACAAGCUCCACGCUGCAUUUCACAAAUUGUGUUCUGUCAACAAGAGGCGUGAUACAACUUCUCUUUGGGAGAAGCUCAGCCUACUUUACUCAGGAGAGUUGAGCACUAUUUACACAAUAUUUCACUUAGCACACACUGUACCUAUGUUUGAAGUAUGUAAAAGGGUUGAAUUAGCUGAGUAAAAGAACAGCAAGCAUCAUUUUCAUACUUUAAUUUCUUCUCUGGGCAUUUAAACCUCUGUUAUGAAAUCCAUAUGUAUUCAUCAGUGAAAUUGUGGUACCUAGUGCAAGCUGUCAUGGAUCUUACACUACUGAAUUUUAGUCCUUCAGAAAGAAUGUGUUUCUAUUAAUAAAUAUUUACAACCAAA